GUCCAGUGGUAGUAAUUUGUGAAAUUGCGCUGGUUGCUCCACCCUUUGACAGUGGUGUUCCCGACCCUUGGCACCAUUCAAACAUUCCCCCCUUUCCAACAGAGCAGAGGUCUGGUUCAUCACCAACAACUGCAAGUGCCUCUUUCACGCGACAUUCCAUCCAUCCGAUUCUCUUGCCUUUUGAUAGAGCAGGAAGCAACAUCAACCAGACCAAUUACAGCUGCAUUGUGCUCAGGGCCUCCUGGAAACAGUCAAUCACCAUGUCUUCGCCUGCUAAGAUGAUCCGCCGCAAGAAGAACGUGAAGAAGGGAAUCCAGUUCUGUUUGAUGGUCUGCGGAGCAUCAGGUACUGGCAGAACCACCUUCGUCAACACCCUCUGUGGAAAGUCUGUGAUCGGCCACAAGGAUUCCGAUGACCCCAACGGCGCCCAUGUUGAGGAUGGCGUGAAGAUCAAGCCCAUGACCGUCGAGCUUGAGCUUGACGAGGAGGGAACGCGGAUUUCCCUUACCAUCGUUGAUACCCCUGGUUUUGGUGACCAAGUCGACAACGAGGCCAGUUUCUCUGAGAUUGUUGGCUACCUUGAGAGACAAUACGACGACAUUCUAGCCGAGGAGUCGCGUAUCAAGCGUAACCCUCGCUUCAGAGACAACCGAGUCCACGCCCUGCUCUACUUCAUCACUCCUACCGGCCAUGGUCUCCGCGAGCUGGAUAUCGAGCUGAUGAAGCGCCUGGCGCCUCGCGUCAACGUCAUUCCCGUCAUCGGUCGCGCCGACUCCCUUACCCCCGGCGAGCUAGCCGAGUCGAAGAAGCUGGUCAUGGAGGACAUCGAACACUACCGCAUCCCCGUCUACAACUUCCCAUACGACAUCGAAGAGGACGACGAGGACACGGUUGAGGAGAACGCCGAGCUUCGAGGUCUUAUGCCGUUCGCUAUUGUCGGAUCGGAGGAUGUUGUUGAGAUUGGUGGCCGCACAGUUCGGGCCCGCCAAUACCCAUGGGGUGUUGUUGAGGUUGACAACCCUCGCCACUCGGACUUCCUCGCCAUUCGAUCCGCCCUGCUGCACAGCCAUCUUGCCGACCUGAAGGAAAUCACCCAUGACUUCCUUUACGAGAACUACCGUACCGAGAAGCUGUCCAAGAGUGUGGAGGGUGGCGCCGGAGUCGAUUCUUCGAUGAACCCCGAGGACCUGGCGUCCCAGUCCGUCCGUCUCAAGGAGGAGCAGCUCCGCCGCGAGGAGGAGAAGCUUCGCGAGAUCGAGAUCAAGGUCCAGCGCGAGAUCAACGAGAAGCGCCAGGAGCUCCUCGCCCGGGAGUCGCAGCUCCGCGAGAUCGAGGCCCGCAUGCAACGAGAGCAGGCCGGUUCUUCAGGAACACCCGUUCCCGAUGCCAAUGGCGAUGCCGAGGCUUGAGUCGAUUAUUCUGGGCCCGGUGGCUGAGCUCACUGGGAAUUGCUGCGGCAAGACGCGGCCUCGCUACUUCGGCGCGCAUUUCCUUUGAUUGAUCGGCGGUCUUUCGCGAGCGAAUAUGAAGUUGAUGACAAAGACCGACCUAUGUUUACAAGGCCAGAUCGGAGUCAUGGGGUGGCGGCUCACUUGGGUCUGGCUGCGGAUCUCGAAACAGAUGGUGCUCGUCUUCCCCAUAAUGAUAUCCCCGCACCAUCUGCUUUGGUGUCUCCAGAAACGCUUUUGAAGUUGAAAAAGGCAAGGACGAGAGGUUGGCAGAGAGGACUUGCCGCAUUUUUUUUUUCCAUACGUCUUCUUUCUUUGCUGUGCCGGCUCGUCACUUGGAGAGCUGGCCAAUUUUCAAGGACGUUUGGUAUUUCUCCCAACACGACUUAUUUCUAGUAGAGGACUUCUAAUGCAGAUAACCUAAAUUCA